GCUUUUAGUGCCAUAAAAGUGGAGCCGAUAUCAAAGGUGUGAAGCAUUCCACACAAUUCUCUGGACACAAGUAAAUACUCAUGAAGAACUAUCACCUGCAAGCGAUUAUUGUGCUAUUGCUGCGUCUGGCGAGAGUCAGAGGCGACUCUGAAAGCGAGAUUGAAGCGCUCUGCGGCACUGCCUCAACAUGGACAAUUAUGCCGAAUAAGCAGCAUUGCGAUAGGUUCUAUGUAUGCACGGGCAUGGAAGCCAAGAGCUAUCAGGAAUUUCAGUGUCCGGUGGAAUACCAUUUCAACAGCCAGGAGCAACGUUGCGUAAGAGGCCCAUGCUCCACCCGCUGCAACACGACUGGUGUUCACCGCUUGGAGGGCGAUUGUACGCGCUUCAAGCGUUGCUCGAGCCAGGGCGAACUCUCAGUUAUGAAGUGCUCCUAUGGCUUCUACUUCGAUGCCAGCCGCAAAGCCUGUCUGCCGGUAAACAUAACGCCAGCUCAUCAGUGCAGCUGCAUAUUGCCAGAGCACUCAAUGCUGGCCAACUCGAACGACUGCCGGAGCUAUUAUACUUGUGUCGGCGGGCAGGCCGUGUUGCAGCAGUGUCCUCAAAAUUAUUAUUAUGAGGCUAGCGUUAACAGUUGCCUGCUGGAUAUGAGAGGUGAAUGUCAGCCAGCUAUUCAGCUGGUCGAGGUGCCCAUGCAGGAGUGCCAAAAAGAAGGCAGUCGACUGGUGCCGCACUCGGAGGACUGCAGCCGAUACUUCGUCUGCAUUGGCAGCCGGGCCGUUGAAUUGAGCUGCCCCAAGGGCCACAAAUUCGAUGUGGUCUCCCGUUACUGUACAGCUGAUAAAGACUCCCAGUGCUUUACAGCGGCAACUAGCACACAAGCGACGCCAACUACAACUCUCAGAGUCAGCAAAGAAGAGCAGAAAGUGAACAGCAGCAAGCAAGCUGACCAAUUGAGCGCUCACAAGGCCAUGCCUGAGGAAAUUAGCAACAACAAGUUGUCAUCAAAAUUUUUGUUACAUUAAAAAUAAUAUUCAAUCCGUGUUAUA